GGCCCCGCCGCUCCGCCCGCCUCCCCAGGCCCCGCCGCCGCCGCCGCCAUGGAGGAGCAGCAGGAGGAGCAGAAGGAGAACCGCCCGCAGCCCGCCCGCCCGCAGCCGCCGCCCGCCGCCCGCCCGCCGCGGCACAGCGCUGAAGCACAGCGGCAGCAGCACAGCGGGGUCAGCGAUCAAGGAACUAAGGAGAAAAGCCCAGCUUCCAGUCAGAGUGACUUCAGCGACCCAGUGUACAAGGAAAUCGCCAUGACCAAUGGCUACAUCAACAGAAUGACCCGAGACGAGCUUAGAAGUAAACUUGCAGAGUUCAAACUUGAAACCAGAGGAGUAAAAGAUGUGCUGAAGAAGAGACUGAAGAAUUAUUACAAGAAACAGAAGCUGAUGCAGAAGGAGGCUCUUAAUUCAGACAGCUACUAUGACUAUAUCUGCGUUGUUGACUUUGAAGCAACCUGUGAAGAAGGAAACCCACCUGAAUUCGUACAUGAAAUAAUUGAGUUUCCUGUUGUCUUAUUGAACACACAUACCCUGGAAAUAGAGGAUACGUUUCAGCAGUAUGUAAAGCCAGAGGUCAAUCCCAAACUUUCAAAUUUCUGUAUUGGUCUGACAGGAAUCACCCAGGACGUCAUUGAUAAAGCUGAUGCAUUUCCUCAAGUUCUACAGAACGUCAUAGAGUGGAUGAGGCAGCGAGAACUGGGAACAAAGUACAGCUAUUGCAUGUUGACGGAUGGAUCUUGGGAUAUGAGUAAAUUUUUGAAUAUCCAGUGCCGUGUUAGCCGUAUUAAAUACCCUUCAUUUGCCAAAAAGUGGAUCAAUAUUCGCAAAUCAUAUGGGAACUUCUAUAAGGUUCCUAGGAACCAGACCAAGCUGACAAUCAUGCUUGAAAAGCUGGGGAUGACCUAUGACGGGAGACCUCACAGUGGACUUGACGACUCUAAAAACAUUGCAAGGAUAGCUAUAAGGAUGCUGCAGGAUGGCUGUGAACUGCGAGUGAAUGAGAAAAUGCACGCAGGACAGCUCAUGACAGUCUCCUCUUCAGCCCCCUUAGAGGGAGCCCCUGCUCCACAGAUGCCCCGUUACAGAAACUAACAGUUCAGGGGUUCUGCAUUAGGAACUGCUCUCAGAUACCCACUACAGAUCGUUAAUAGCUUAUCAAACGGCAGCCUCUGCAAAUCUGUCUGCAAUUCAGAACCUGAAGGCACCUUAAUUAAUGGUCUUUGCUCAAAAAAAGAGUAUGGAAGCUUUUUGAAGCCUGUGUUACAACAUUUUUUUUUAUACUGAUGAUUUUUUUGUUGUUGUUAUUGCUUUUUGCACCUUUUCUAGCAGUAAGGCUGAUAUGCAAAAUCUAGGCAAAGUGGUAAGCUUUUAAGGACAUGGAAUUUAAACACAUGCAAAGAUUGAUUAGGCCUGUGUACUACUGUUCCACACCAGCUUGUGGGUAGUAUUUAUUCAUUAUUCCAUACUAUAAUGAUGUCUAGCAUAUCAUUAUUCAUUGCAUCCAAACAAGAUGUUGCUAGAAGAGCUGAAAUAAAGAUUGGCUGGGCUGGCCUCUGCUGAUAAGGCAAUCUCGUUGGGAUUCCUGCUGAUAAUUGUUUGUCACAAAGUUUGAGAAAUGGGAGCAUGUUCAUCAAUUCUAAAGCAGUAGAGAAGUAGUUUGGGUUUCUUUCUUUUUUUUUCUUUUUUUUUUUUUUUUAAUUUAAGGGUAUGCUUGUUUUUGACCACAUCAAUUAUAGGAGCUGUGUGUUGAAUAAAAAAUUCAUUCAUGCAGUAUGGCAUUAAUUUUUUUAACCCGUAUUUAAAAAGAGGAGUUGCUUUGGGACUUCACUUUGAGGAUCAUAUUUCCUAUGCCUGCUACACUCAAGCUAAAUCAAAUGAAGGACAGCCUGUUUAAACAUUUGUCAUCUAUUUUGACUUAAAAAUGAAGUGAAAUAAAAGUAAGUUCAAACCAAGUUCAAAAUUCUGUUACAUGGUUGUUAUUUAAAGCAAAGCAAGAAGCUUCUAAUUCAUAGUUAGAGACUUGCUCAGCUAUUUUUGGUGCCUUCUCCUACCUCUGCUACCAUGGAACUAUGCCUUUAUCUGAAAUCUAACGUUGGAAGGUGUAUAUAUAGUUUUAUUAGUGAAGGUCACAUCUAAUUAUUAACAACUUCCUCUGCUUUCCUCCUAGGCCCCAGAUAACAUGAUACUCAAACGUGGCCAAACUGUUCAUUUACUUUAUCUAAGUGGGCUAUGACAAAGUACAGCUUUAAUGUGAUCAGCUUUGCAUUAGAAUGGCUUGUUCUGAAAAGCAGAAUUUUGAUUGCUCUUGGUCAAAAAAAAAAAAGGUUGUUUGGUAUCCCUGUAUUAUAAUUCAUUCUUUUUUCCUGCUGCUUAUGUUAAGGAAACAGAACUAAUAAUUCAUAAUAAAGCCUUGUUUGUUUAGGACAUAUACUGCUUGUCCAGUCAAACUCCUCUUGGUUCCCCUUGUUCUUCUGUCUGUUAACUGUUUCAGUGGUAACCUGAAAAUGUUGUUAUAAAUUCAUGUAAGAGAGGCAAAUACCGGUCAAUUCUCCGAUGAUUUGUAGGAGGAAAGCAGCUUUCUUUCCACUCAUAGCUACAGGCACUGUUGUGGGCACCUGGGGACAGCUACUUUAGAAUGACGUUCAUUUUUUUUUCUGUAAGUGAAUAUUUGUUUUACCUGUAGCCUUUUGUUGAACUUCACAUUUUCCUCUUUCUGUAGGAAUACUUGAUGUGUUUUCAGAAAGAUAAAAUCUCUGAUAUGCUUACUCUGACCACUUAAUUCUAGUCCUGUAUUCACUACAAACUGUUGAUUAUAUAUUUGUUCACUGUAGAGAUAAUAUUCUCUCUUCUGGAAUUGUGAAAAAACAUAGUAACUUCUUUUGUCUCUGAAUUUCCGUUGUAGAGGUUUUUUAUGAUAAAAAUGAGUCUAGCUCAGCAAAUCUCCCUUCAGGAGACUGGCAGUGUCACAGACUUUAUCACUAGUCUUAUUUACAGGUCUGUAACCAUGCUCACAGUCCAAUGAAAGAAUUAUUUGUUAUACUACAGCUUUCAUAAGCGAAGAGCUAUUGUAAUUUUACAUCAAGUCCAGAAUUGUUUAUUUUUGUUAAAUAACUUCAGAAUGAUAUUUUGAAAUAAGGGUUAAAUAUUAGAUUGCUUUCUAUUUAUUGCUGGAGUAGUUUUUUUUAACAGAGUUGCAGAAAUCAGUAGAAUAAUUCCAGACAUUUUUUAAACCUAAACUGUAUUAAUGUCUCACUGUAAACUAAUUAAAAAUUUUCAUAGAAUU